AUGACAAAGGGUCUAGUGAGGAUAAGACUAGCAAGAUUUGGAAGGAGACACACGCCAAUAUAUAACAUUGUGGUUACCAACAAACACAAAGCUUUGAAUAGAAAACCCAUUGAGGUGUUGGGAACAUACAAUCCAAUUCCCAAACCAUUAACGAAGAAGGAGGUUAAACAAGGUGUUGUCCCUACAAAGGAUGUUCAAUUAGAUUUCAAUAGAGCGAAGUACUGGAUUGGUGUUGGUGCUCAACCAAGUGAUACCGUGACAAGACUUUUGAAGAAGGCUGGAAUAUUGGAUGCUAACUGGGGGAAGACAUACACUAGCAGUAGAGCUGUCGUCGAACCUAAAAAGGAGGUUCUGGAGGAAUGA